UCGGGUAUACCACCACAGACACCACCACUUCCUUUGGGUUAUCAGAAUAAAGGAAAAUCUCUUAAUCCAACACCCACUUCGCCUUUGACCAAUAAUAAUGUUAGUAUUUUUAGCAGUAAUCCAAGCAACAACAAUAAUAUAAUGGCUGGUGGUAGUGGUAAUAGUGGUGGCGGUGUCGGUUUAAGUGCCUCGAAUGGUAAUGCUCAGCGUAAUAGUGCAAAUAUGUCGGCUAAUUCACGUCGCCCGCAGAUACAGAUAUCGACGCCUAUUGCUGGUGAAUCGCUGAAAAAUUUCCAAUAUUUAACAUUGACCGUACGCAAGGAUGAAAAUGGUUAUGGCAUGAAGGUUUCUGGUGACAAUCCUGUUUUUGUUGAAAGUGUGAAACCAGGUGGUGCAGCACAAAUUGCUGGUUUAGUUGCUGGCGACAUGAUCUUAAAGGUCAAUGGUACAGAAGUACGUUCGGAGAAACAUCCAACUGUUGUUAGUUUAAUAAAAGCCUCAACAAUUGUUGAAUUGGCGGUAAAACGUAGUCAAAAAUUGGCGAGACCCACUUCGGUGGGUAUAGUACCCUCAACACCGGUACUCUCGGGCAGAGAUCGUACGGCCUCAAUAACUGGACCCCAGCCUGUGGAUAGCAUCAAACGUCGCGAAAUGGAAACUUAUAAAAUUCAAACUCUUCAAAAAAUGCUCGAACAGGAAAAACUUAAUUUAGAACGUUUAAAGGGUGAUACGAAUAAUCCGAGUUAUAAGUUAUCUGAGGCCAAUAUUAAAAAAUUACGUGAACAAUUGCGCCAAGUAGGUGCUGAGACUCAGCAGCAUCGUAAUUCGGCCCAACAACUGUUCCAUUUGCAUCAACAGCAAUUGCAACAGCUACAACAACAACAACAGCAGCAACAACAGGGCAAGGGUACACCCAAGACUUCAAAGAGUAAAAAUAAAUUUGCUGCCCAAUCAAAGAGUCUAAUAGAAGAAGACAUUCCACCGCCUUUGCCGCAACGCAAUAUACCCCGACAGUUGCAAUUGGAAGGUGGUAACAACAGCAACAACAAUGUUAAUAUACAAACUCCUCCUCAUACCUUUUCACCCAUUUCGGAUUUGGAUCAUACGGCUAAUGCGGUGAUUGUAGCCGGAGGAGCAGCUUCACCUUUGCGCAAUUCACCACAACCAGCUUCGGGCACAAAUUCUCCCCAGAAUGUAGUGCAGAAUUGUCAGAAAUCAAAACGUUCCAAAACAAAAACAAAAGCUCUCUCCGAUCCUAAAAUGUCUACACAAAUGUUUUUACAAAUGGAAGGUGCUCCCGGGCACUUUGUCAAUCAAAUGGGUGAUGGCUCGGAAUUAGAAGAAAUACCGCCACCUCUACCACCCCGCCAACCAGGCAUGUUAGAAGAAUCUCAAUUGGCUGGUCACCGUGGCAGUAUACAGAAUUUGAACACUAAUGUAAGGCCACCACCGAAUAGUAUUGAUACACUUAUGCAAUAUCCUUUAGUAUCCACCUGUACACCAGUGCAUCGUGAUAAUAUGGCUGCUGCUUUUCCUCUAUCUCAGCGUCCUAAUAUUGUACAGCAAUUGCAGCAACAUCAACAGCAGCAGCAACAACAGCAGCAACAAUUACAUGGUGGUGUUGCUGGUGGUAGUGGUGGCCUGAGUGUUACUAAUGCGGGUGUUUUGGGACAAACACCACACAAUCUGAAUCAUAUGAGCAAACACAGGCGUGUGGUAUCAUCACCCGAUAAUAUGCAUACUAGACAUCCGGAACGCCAAAUAAAAACGAACUCUGGUUCUUGGGAACUAAUCGAAAAAGACGACGAGGAAACACCACCAGGCACACCUCCACCACCCUAUCGACAUGCACACUCUGCCAGCAUGUCUGGCACAGAGGAUAGUAUGCAUGAGCAUGGAGCAGCUUCGACUAGUGGCAUUUUUGUGGAAUCACAUCAUUUUACACCGUUGGCGGGAGCCAUCUCUCCACCGCCCUCCUCACAUUCCAGUCGCAUACAGGCGGCUCAAACAAGUGUCACUCAAAAAGAAAUCAUUUCUAUGGAAGAUGAAGAUGCUUCCGAUCAAGAGGGUCCUUUCAUUGAUGAAAAUGGUCCCUUUAAUUCCUUGCAAAGAUUGCUGGAAGCAGAGAAUGUUGCAUUUUUGGCAGUAUUUUUAAAUUAUGUACUUUCUAAUUCCGAACCUGCUCCUCUACUGUUUUAUCUUAUAACGGCUCUCUAUAAAGAGGGUACCUCCAAAGAUAUGCGUAAAUGGGUUUAUGAAAUACACUCUACCUUCCUAGUGCCUCGUGCCCCUCUAGCCUGGUAUAGACAAGAUGAAUCUUUGGCACGUGAGGUGGAUGCUGUGCUGCAAAAUGAAUUCGAUAAAGUGGAAAUAUUGCGCAAAGUAUUUUGGAAGAGUCGCAAAAAGGCCCGUGAUAUUAUAUGUGAACAACUAAGAGAAUUUCAACAGAAAAGAACCGCUGGUUUGGGUACCAUCUACGGUCCCACCGAUGCUCAGCUAAUGGAAGCUAAGGGUGAUAAACAAAAGGAACAGCAUAUAUUUGAGGAAACUCUUAUGAAGAAAUUACAAUAUUUAAUUGACGAAUAUGAAAAAGAUUUACCGGCUGAGGAUCCCAAGAAAUUGGCUUUAUGUUCGGCUUUGUCAACUGUCAUACAUCGUACGUUUAUAACACGUUCCCAUCCGAAUAGUAUUAUCGAUCGUGUUCAUCAUUUUGUUAGUCGCGAAAAAAGUUUCAAGUCACGUUUAAUGGGCAAAAAGGGAAAGAUGAUUGUACGUGGUCAUCCAUUAGUAUUGCAACAAUACUAUGAAGUGACCCACUGUAAUCAUUGUCAAACAAUAAUAUGGGGUGUCAGUCCUCAAGGUUUUCAUUGUACAGACUGUAAAUUAAAUAUUCACCGUCCCUGUUCGAAAAUAUUAGAAGAAAAUUGUCCAGGCCCAUUACCGCAAGCCAAACGUAAAGAUAAAGAUUUACAUAAUGAUAAUAAAAUCAGUAAAUUAAUUAUGGGUAAAAUACGUCCCAAGACAUCGUCAGACAUGAGUGGUGAUAAACGUCAACGUCAAGAUCCCGAGGAUUUUGAUCCUAUGGAUUUUCCUAUUGAACGUUUAAAUUCCACUUCCAUACAAAGGCAUCCCUCAGACCGCAGGACGGAUUCAGCUAACUUAUCAAUACGUUCGAAUGGCAAUACAUCAGCAAAUUUAAAUAACAGCGAUUUACACAGUUCAUUUCAUGGCGCCGAUACUAGUGUGGGUGCCCUGGGUGGUGGGGCACAAGGCGGUAACGCAGCAACAAUCUCCUGUAGUGAUGCAACAAAUUCAACCAUUGGAGCCUUAUCAACCGUAGCACAACAAAAUGUUGGUGCCGUCUCACCCGGUGGAUCGGGUGUUUUGGGUACCCUAAAUGACAUAAAUGCGCAGGACGCAAAUGAGGGUAAUUUACGUAGAGAACGUUUACAUCAACAACAUCAACAGAAUAAAAGUGCUCCCGUCUCAGUUAAUCGCUCGGAAUCGUAUAAGGAACGUUUAUCACACAAACGUAAUCGUAGUCAACGUAAAACUUCAGAUCCAAAUUUAACAUCGAGACCAAACGAUGAUCAACCAGAUUUGGGUCUCUCAAAUUCCAACUUCACAGCAAGUUCAAAUUCUAGUCUGUCAUCGGGUGGUGGCUCCGAGAGUCCAUCUACUUCGAUGGAACAAAUGGGUGGAGCAGGUGUUGCGACACCAACAGCCACCACCUCAGCAAUGCAUCACCACCAUCAUCAUCAUCAGCACCAGCACAGUCAUCAGGACUCGUUUCAUGGCAGUAUUGGUGGUUCUUCAAAUGCUAGUUUCUUGGGUGGUUCAGCGGCUGGUGGUCAAAUGGCACGUCAUUGGAAUUUCGAAAGUGAUGAGGAGGAUGAUCUCAAUGAAGCCGACUGGAGUUCAAAUGUAGCUGGCGAGAUUUUGGCAGCUCUUACAGAUGCCGAAAAGAAACGUCAAGAGAUUAUAAAUGAAAUUUAUCAAACCGAACGUAGUCAUGUCCGCACUUUAAAACUCUUAAAACAUCUAUUCUUAUUGCCCCUCCAAGAAAGUAAUCUACUUUCUCAAGAUCAUUUAUUGUUACUCUUCCCACCAUCUUUGUCAUCGCUGUGUGACCUACACGGUGCCUUUGAGCAAAAACUCAAACAGCGUCGUCUCGAUCAUAAUUAUAUUGUAAAUAGUGUUGGCGAUCUAUUCGCCGAAAUGUUUGAUGGCAAAAACGGUGAAGAGUUACGUGAAUUUGCCGCCCAAUUUUGUGCUCGUCAACAAAUUGCUUUAGAAGCUCUCAAAGAGAAACGUCGCAAAGAUGAACAACUACAAAAGUUGCUUUCGAAAGCUGAAUCACAUAAGGCCUGUCGUCGUUUGCAGUUGAAAGAUCUAUUGCCAACGGUAUUGCAACGUCUUACCAAAUAUCCCCUGUUGUUUGAAAAUCUCUAUAAAGUAACGGUGCGUGUGGUGCCCGAGGAUACAGCCGAGGCGGAGGCUAUACAAAAGGCUUUAGAGUCGUCAAAAAAGAUAUUGGUCGAUGUUAAUCAGGCGGUAAAGACAGCUGAAGAUGCGCAUAAAUUGCAAAAUAUUCAGCGUAAAUUAGACAAAUCAACAUUUGAUAAGGACGAAUUCAAGAAUUUGGAUUUAACGCAAUACCGUUUGAUACAUGAUGGUAGUUUGACCAUGAAGAAAAAUCCAAGUAUACAAUUACACGGUUUAUUAUUCGAAACAAUGAUUGUAUUACUGACAAAACAGGACGAUAAAUAUUCAUUGAAAUAUUUACAUGCAGCCCGUAAUACCGAAGUUAAUAAUAAACCCGUUAGUCCCAUUAUGAGCAUCGAUUCGGAAACGUUAGUGCGUCAGGAGGCCGCCGAUAAGAAUUCAUUUUUCUUAAUUAAAACAAAAACAUCACAAAUGUUGGAAUUACGAGCGCCAAGUAGUUCAGAAUGUAAAACGUGGUUUAAACAUAUCUCCGAUGCUGCUGAACAAUACAAGCCCCGCUCUAAGAAUGCUAAUCAAGAACCUGUGGACGAUCCAGCUAUUGCUACAUUACCACAUUCCAAUACACGUGAAUCGCUGGAGUUGACACCUGAACGGCCGCCACCCCAGUCGGCCACCGCUACACUGAUAACCACACCUUUGGCACCCAUGAUGCCAAUACCGUCGGUUAGUCAAGAACGCAGCGGUUUUGCACAAACCAACAAUAACGAUGUACAAUUGCGCAAUGGUCGACGCGAAAGUACACCCACCUCAUCAUCGGCACCCGCUGAUGCCUAUCCACCUUAUUAUAAUAUCAAACAAAGAUUAAGUCACAAUGAAUUAUCACCGAAUACCAAUGCUGUCAAUCGCACCAUGUCGACACGCAGCUGUGGUGAUGCCAAUCAUAAUUACAGCAACACUUCGCCAGAAUUUGCUGGUGCCAAUGGUGUUACUCUCAGGCAUACCCAGUCGGCUAGACAGGCCAACGGCUCGACUGAAGAGGCCGCGGCCGCUGCUUUAGCAGCCGCUGGUGUGGCGAAUAAGCGGGACAGCGCUAGUAUUGUUUACUCCAAUAAUUCCAAUAAUACCCGUACUUUAAUGCAGUCAUCACCUCCGUUAGUUGAACCUACCGCAAUACAGAUCAGUAUAAGUCCGGCCCAUACCGCCGAACCGGUACUGACGCCUGCCGAAAAGCUAAGGCGUUUGGAUGCUAGUAUACGUGACGGUUUAAUGGAGAAGCAAAAGAUUAUUUGUGAUAUGUUCCGUUUACCAGUUGAACAUUUCCAUGAGAUAGUAGAUAUAGCGACCAUGCCGGAAGCGCCCAAGGAUAGCACCGAUAUAGCAUUGGCUGCCUAUGCCCAGGUUCAGUCUUUAACCGAGGUGAUAAACGACUAUAUGAAGGUAACGCCCGAACAGGAAGUUUCGGCUGUUUCCACAGCGGUUUGUGAUAAAUGUCACGAGAAACGGGAAAAUCAACCACAUUCACGUACACGUUCCAAUGUGGCUUGCGGGAAGGCAGAAACAAAGGCUUCAACCAGCACAAGUUCUGAUAUACCACCGCCCUUGCCGCCACCAAAUAAACAAAUGGCCCAGGCCCAACAGCAGACACCAGCUCCUACAGUAACUAAAAUGCAAACAUGUGCUUUGGAAGAUGCCAAUAUACAUGAGGACGAUGAUGGUUAUUGUGAAAUCGAUGAGUUGCGUUUACCAGCUUUACCUCCCCUGACAAAGACACCAACAACAGCUACAGCUACUCCACCACCUUUGCCGCCAGCCGUAAAAGCGAGUGGAGCCAAACAGGGUUCACCACCUCCACCCUUACCACCACCAGCUGGUACAUUUAAAACUCCGCCUCCACCACCACCGCCACCAGCAAAAACCUUAAAUCAAAACUCCUCCAUACCAGCAGCAGCUACAGUAACAAAUAGCGCCAGCAACAAUACAAACACAACUCCCGAAUUAGUUAAACGUCAAAGUACGAUAAGUGCUGAUAGCAUUCCCGAAGAAUCGGCCGAUGAGGUAACACAUGCCCUUAACGAUCAUCUACACAGUAAAGUUGAGGCUCACAAAUCUCCCGAAAUUAAAGAAGACGAAGAGGAAAAUGAGCCAGAAAAUGAGUCAGCCACCAAAGAAGAAAACGAAAAGACCUUAGAAGAGCCUAAAACUACUGCAACAUCUGCUGCAACAGAAGUUGAAGAAGAAAGUGAAGAUAUGAAAAUUGAACCCAUUGCACCCAUAGCAACUAUUGAAGAUGAAGAUGACAAGGAUGAGGACUCAGCUAUGCAUACAGCCGAAUGUGAAAGUGCUCCAUUGGAAGAGAAUGUUGUUAAAGAGGAAAGCAGCAAGAAGGAAGACAAUGAUACUAAAGAUAUUAAGGAUGAUGCAGUGAAUCCCAAAGUGACCACCACUUCUAUGACCGCAGAACCACAAAGACAAAACAGUAAUGCCACACAGGCCGAUGAGGAGAUUUCUCUGAACAGUGAACAUAUCGAAAUAAAUGAGGCCUAUGAAUGUUUGUCAAAUAUUAACAAAUUAAAUACGGCUUUAUCCUCAAUGGUUGAUAACUCAACACAAACGUUACCUUUGACGACAUCUCUGCCUGUGAGUACGAGUACCACCAUCAUCAGCACCAGUAACAACAUCACUAGCAGUAACAGCAGCACAAAUCCUAAUGGUCAUUUACCAACAUUAUGUGGACCAAAUCGUAUACAACAUGCCAAUUCCUUGGAGCCAAGUGUGCCAUGUCAUGCUUUGAGCAAUAUUGUCAGUGUAUUAAAUAAUCAAAUAUCUUUACUAUUGCCCAAGAUUAAUGAGCGUGAUAUGGAACGUGAACGUUUAAGGAAAGAGAAUCAACAUUUACGAGAAUUAUUGAAUGCGAUGCAUGAACGUCAGCGAGUUGAAGCAAAAUUGGAAACUCCAAGUGACAUCACAGCUAGAGCCGAAGUGGCCGAUGACGAAACAGAUGGCUUCUCACCCGCAACAUCUACAACACCAACACCAACGCCUACACCAACAACUGCUAACUCUGCAGCAGCCUUAGGUGAAGACCAAAAAGAUAGCGACAACAGUACCAACAACACCACAACAACAACAUCAUCUAGCGCAACAACUAAUACAGUCGAGGCACAAAAUUAAACAUAAUUAAAAUUUUAAAUAUAAAUUUAAAAAAAACAACAAAUAUUUAGUGUUUAAAUUUAAGAAUUAAACAACAACAACAACAAACCUUCCCCAAUAUUUUUUAUAAAAAAUAAAACUAAACAAAUAACAAGAAAACCAGCUGCCAAUUGAAUUGGCUUAAAUUGAAAAAAAGGUUAAACAAUUUUUAGGAUCAGGAAACUGUUAAUAAUUUGUAUUUUUUUUAUUUUUAAUUAAUUUCUUUAUUUUUCCUUCAAAUGUUUAUGUUUAUUUUAGUUUAUUCUCCCCCCAUCAUGUUUCUUUAAUUUACUCUUUUAAAUUUUAAAAUUUUUUUUUGUAAUUUUAAGUGUAAAAUUUAUAUUUUAAAAAAAUAUUGCAGUUUUAUAUAAAAUAUAUAUUAUAAAUACAUACAUACCAACCAAUACAACCACAAACAUCAUAUAGAAAAAAAAAUACUUUUAAACUUUUAUUUAAAACCUCUUCCGCUAAACAAUUUAUUAAGUAAUUUUUUUUUAAAUAAAAGAACAGUUUUUUGUUUUUGGAAGAAUCUUGAAGAAUAAGAAACAAACAUUCUAAAACAAUAAUAAAAUGGUUUCGGGUUUUGAUUUUAUUUUUCUAUUUUUAUCUUUUGGCAUGUUUUGUUUUUAAUAAAAUGUAUUUUUUGAUAAAUAUUUAUUUAAUAGAAAAUAAUAAUUAUUAUUAUAUAUAUAAAUACGUACAUAUAUUAAAUAAUAAAAAAAAUAUAUAAAAUUUUUCCAAAAAGUUUUAUAUGUAUAUGUAAAACUCAAAUAUAUCUCUCUGUCUGAGUUAUUAUUGCAAAACUAAAGAAUACAAAGUUGCUAAAUCUAAUUGCUGAUUUUGAAAGAAUUUAUUGUUAAAAGUUGGAAAAGUAGAAUUUAUUAUGUUACAAUGGGAUAACAAAUUUUCAAAAUUUUGUAAUUUGAAGUUUUGAAAUUGAUUACUUUUUGUGUUUCUGUACAAAUCUAUUGUUAGGUCUGUUACAUAUUCCAAAUGGAAAUGUUGUUUCAGUUUCUUAAAAUGUCAUGCAAAUUUCCAAACAAUAGUUUAAGGUUUCUUUUAAAUUCAUUUAUAUAAAAUUCAGUAUUUAGUCUUUACUCCAAAACGACCGUAAAGUGUCAAUUCAUCGAUAGUUAUAGCAACUGAAAGUUUCUUUUCCAGAAACCAGAAAAUACAUUCUUAAGGUUAUAAAUUGAAUCGAAUCUAAAUCUAACUUCAGUAUCAGAUGUUUAUCUUUAUACUGAAAUUUUAUACUAAACCCAUUCUUAAUCAUAAUCCAAAUGUGAAUUGAUUUUCAAAGUUUGAUUCAUUAAAUCGAAUAUUGCGAUUAUCAUUAGCAGUUUUAUCUUUUCUUAACCGGAUAUUUAGUUAGUUAAUUAGUAUAAAUGGAGCAUUAAAUCCGCAGAAAAACACCUAAAACCCACCACCUGCUGUCAAACAGACUAGAACACUUACCACUAACCUGAAGAUUGUUAAUUAGAUUUUUGUCACAUUCAUAACGUCAUGAACUGCGCUGUUUUAAAAAUUUGUGAUCACUUUAUUCCCUUUCUCUUUAGAACUAUUGAAAUUAAUUCUGAAAUUUGCUUCUUUAGAAACCAAAUAAAAAUUUGUACCUAAAAACAUUUGAAGAAUUAAAAAAUCUUCCAAAAUCGGAAACAUUCCGAACUGAAUGUGUGAAAGACCUUAAUGUUUCUUUCGGAUAGAAAUUGCAUUUAGAAAUACUUCCUAUGAUUUAAACAACAACUCAAUUUACAUAUUGAAAAUGUUCUGCGCAUUAUAAUUUCGGUGACUAAUUUAACGCUAGACUACAGACUAGAUUGCUGACUAAACUUACAACUAGAUUAGGCUAUAAACUGGACUAUAGACUAGACUAUAUAUUGGACAAAAAAAAACUAAUCUAUAGAGUAGACUAUAGACCAGACUAUAAACUAGACUAUUGAGUAGACAAGAGACUAGACUUUAUACUAAAUUAUGGCCUAUAUACUAGAUAUUCUAUAAAGUUGUCUACAGAGUAUACUAUAUAGGGAGACUAGACGAAAUUCUAAACUAUGGCCUAGACUGUAGACUAGACUUUAUACUAGAAAAUAAACCAGACAAAAGAGUAGACUAUAUACUAAACUAUAGACCAAACUAUCAAGACUACAGGCAAUAUUAUAUUCUAGGCUAUAUUAUAACUAUAUACCAAGCAAUGACCUAGACUAUAUACUAGACUAUACACUACACGAUAGACAAUAGACUAGACCAUAGAAUAUACUAUAGAGUAGACUAUAGACUAGACUAUAGACUAGACUAUAGACUACACGAUAGACUAGAAUAUAUACUGGACUAUAGACUAGACUAUAGAAUAGACUUAAGUCUUGACUGGACUAUAGACUACACGAUAAACUUGAUUAUAGGCUGAACUAUAGAUUAGACUAUAGACAAGACUAUAGACUAGACUAUAAAGUAGACUAUAGACUAGACUAUAAAGUAGACUAUAGACUAGACUAUAAAGUAGACUAUAGACUAGACUAUAGACAA